UUCCUUUUCUUCGUGGUGGAGGUGGUGGUGAGCCGGGUCACGUCGUCGCUGGCCAUGCUCUCCGACUCCUUCCACAUGCUCUCCGAUGUCAUGGCCCUGGUCGUGGCGCUGGUGGCCGUGCGCUUCGCCCAGCGCACCCGUGCCACCAAGAAGAACACCUUCGGGUGGGUGCGGGCCGAGGUGAUGGGUGCCCUAGUCAACGCCGUCUUUCUCACCGCCCUCUGCUUCACCAUCCUGCUGGAGGCCAUCGAGCGCUUCACGGAGCCCCAUGAGAUCCAGCAGCCGCUGGUGGUCAUCGGUGUGGGGGUGGCAGGACUCAUCAUCAACCUGCUGGGGCUCUGCCUCUUCAACCACCACGGUGUCGGGGGCCACGGCCAUUCCCAUGGCCACGGGCACUCGCACAGCGGCAGGCAGCACUCCCGCAGCAGCCCCAAGCCUGAGCAGCCACACGGGGAUGGGGAAGCUGCACUGAACCGGGAGGAGACCAGCACCUUAGUGGAGAACUGCAGAAGCUCCAACGGAGUCAGCCAGGAGAAGCUAGGUGAUAUGAAAGAUGACAUGACUGACCUACAAGUGAAUGGGAACGCUGGUCAUUAUCCUCUGGAUGUAGAGGAGGUUGAAGAAGACUCUAGUGCACAGCUUAACAUGCGUGGAGUUUUUCUGCAUGUUUUUGGAGAUGCCUUAGGUUCAGUAAUUGUGGUGGUGAAUGCCUUGCUCUUUUAUGGGUUGUGGAAUCCAUGCCCCAAAGAUGGGCCCUGCUUUAAUCCAUGUGUCAAUAAUCAUUGCAUGGAAAACGCUACUUUAUCCCAAACACUUGGCAGAGAAAACAAGUCUGAGCAAGAGAGCAUUACAGUGGCUGGUCCAUGCUGGUUGCUAUAUUUAGAUCCCGUCCUUUGUUUGAUCAUGGUGUGUAUACUCCUGUACACAACUUACCCAUUACUUAGGGAGUCAGCCCUUAUACUUCUACAGACUGUUCCCAAACAAAUAGAUGUUCAUUCUUUGAACUCAAAAUUACGUACCCUUGAAGGAGUCGAAGCAGUCCAUGAAUUACACAUUUGGCAGCUAGCAGGCAGUAGGAUCAUCGGCACUGCUCACAUAAAGUGUCCUGACCCUUCCACGUACAUGAUGGUGGCAAAGCGCAUCAAAGAGAUCUUUCAUGAUGAAGGGAUUCAUGCGACCACCAUUCAGCCUGAGUUUGCCAGCGUUGGCUCUGAAUCAGGGAGAGGGAAAUGUGAGUUUCCUUGCAGGACUCAGUGUGCUUUGAAGCAGUGUUGUGGAACAGGAGAAGAUAGUACUGCAAAGAAGACAGAAAAAUCUUCGUCACUUAGUAUUUCUUGUUCAGAAGUUGUCAUUGAAUUUCCAAAAAGUAGGAGGACUAAAUCGGAGAGCAUCCCUUCAGUUAAGCUAGAGGCAAACACCGAUCAAAAUGAGCAGUUUGAAUCAUCUUUGUAACUGCCCGAAUGGUGCUACGUGAGUUAUGGUGACUUUGACAACACCUAUAUUGCAAGAGGAAGAGACAGACGUUUGAGAUGCAAUUCUGCCAAGUAGUGUAAUUGCUGAAGUCCUUGUUCAUGUCAUAUUGCUAAAUCUAGAAUGCUUGUUUUAAAGAACAUACUGUCACUGUCAUGAUACAAUGUAUUUGUGUUGACUUUGUACUGAGACAGACAGAAAGUGCAGCGAUGCUGUAACAACUUCAGAAAACCAGUUUCAACUUUUCAGCAGAGACACUUUUUGCUGUGCUUCAAAUUAAGAUAUUUUUUCCAGUGAAAAGGUAUUUGAGGAACUCGAUUUGUGUUACAUAUUUCUUGGACCUACUCUUUCCUUUAAUAUUUGAUUUGUAGAUAUUUUAAUAUAUUGUUUAUUUAGAAGCCCUAAGGAAACCAAAGUUCAUAGAACAUUUUUAAAGAUAUAACUACUUAAAACUGGAAACCACUUUGCAGUUUCACAUAUUUUUCUUAAACCUAUAUAAUAAUAAACGUGAAGGCUUUUCUAAUGAAUUUAUCGUAUAGCAUAUUUUAAAGAGAACAUCAUGUGAUUGUUAUAAACUGUCCCCACUCUUUCUGGUAAGGUAGCGAGGGAAUUAAAAUCAACUGCUUGUGAAAAUAUCAGAUGUGAAAGGUUUUUUUUUUUUCUAUCAGAAUGGAAGUUCAAGCUACUGUAUACUGCUCUGUGAUCAAGAUGUAAGACCGACCGAUAAAGUAAUGCAUGCUUU